AUGGCAGACACAACUACCGCCCCAGCAGGCGACCUCAGGCCAGCCAAGAGCGUGACAUACUGCGGCGUCUGCUCGCUCCCACCAGAAUACUGUGAAUACGGCGGCACCACCAAGAAAUGCCAAGAAUGGCUCGAAAAGAACCAGCCCGCGCUCUACUCGAAACUCUACUCCGACGAAGCCCUCAGCACCAACCUCUCGACCCUCUCCGUCGACGCCCAGAAACGAGCCGAAAAGGACGCAAUCAAAAAAGCCGCCAAAGCAGAAGCUCAAGAGAAGAAAGCUGCCGAAGAUCGCGCUUCUUCCAAAGUCUACAUCAAACGCGUCGAGCGUAACAAGCGUAAAUACGUCACAGAAGUCUCAGGCCUUGAAAACUUUGGUCUCGAUCUGAAGAAGACCGCGAAAGAGUUUGGAAAGAAGUUCGCGACAGGUAGUAGUGUGACCAAGACGGCGAGUGGUGGGGAGGAAAUCACGAUCCAGGGUGAUGUGAGUGAUGAUGUGGUGGAGUGGUUGGAGGAGCAUCAUGAGGAGAUUCCGGAGGACAAUAUUGAGCAGAUUGAGGACAAGAAGAAGAAGGCGCCUGGGCCGCCAUUGCCGCCGCCGCAGUGA